UCUGCGCCGCUUCCCGGCUGUCCCGGGCCCGCCUGCGUCCCCGCACUCCGGCGAGUGCUCGGGAGCACAGCCUGACUUUGCGAGAUCCCGGGAAGUUGAACCCGCCGCCAUCUGGCGAAGGCGAACGUAAUGUGACUCUUGCUAGUGUGAAUACCCGAUGCCACCGAACGUCCUCAUAACUGAGGGUUAUUUUAAUUUGGGAUUCCCCUCCCCUCCCCCAGUCCUCCCUCCUCCCCCUCCCGCUCCCGAAAUAAAACCGACGGGACCCAGAAGGGGAGGCUCCCCGCCCGGCCCACCCGCGCGCACCCACGGCUCCUGCGUUCCCAUAAUCUUUAGUGUGGACCGGGAACGGGCUGGACACAAACUGCGACGUUUAGAUUUGUCGGUGUCAAUGCAUCUGACAUCAACUAUUCUGCAGGCCGAUAUGACCCUUCAGUCAAGACCCCCUUUGAUGUAGGUUUUGAAGGUGUGGGAGAGGUGGUAGCCUUAGGCCUGUCAGCCAGUGCCAGCUAUGCCGUUGGCCAAGCGGUGACUUAUAUGGCCCCCGGCUCCUUCGCUGAGUACACAGUGGUGCCUGCCCGAGCUGCAGCUCCCGUGGCCUCCGUGCAGCCUGAGUAUGUCUCCCUGCCAGUAAGUGCUACCACUGCAUACAUCAGCCUGAAUGAGCUUGGAGGGCUGUCAGAAGGGACAAAAGUUUUGGUGACAGCGGCAGCUGGGGGGACAGGCCAGUUCGCCGUGCAGUUUGCAAAGAAGGCCAAGUGCCAUGUAAUCGGCACCUGCUCUUCCGAUAAAAAAUCCACUUUUCUGAAAUCCAUUGGCUGCGAUCGUCCCAUCAACUAUAAGACCGAGCCUGUGAGCAUUGUCUUGAAGCAGGAGUACCCCAAAGGUGUGGAUGUGGUCUACGAAUCCAUCGGGGGCGCCAUGUUCGACUUGGCCCUGGAUGCCUUGGCUGUCAAGGGGCGUCUGAUAGUCAUUGGCUUCAUCUCUGGCUACCAGACUCCUACUGGCCUUUCUCCUGUGAAAGCAGGGACAUUACCGGCCAAACUGCUGAAGAAAUCUGCCAGUGUCCACGGCUUCUUCUUGAACCAUUCCCUUUCUCAGUAUCAAGCAGCCAUGGACCACUUGCUUAAGAUGUACGCGGCUGGAGACCUGGUCUGCGAGGUAGACCUUGGAGAUCGGUCUGCAGAAGGCAGGUUUAUUGGCCUGGAGUCUGUGUUCCGGGCUGUUGAUUAUAUGUACAUGGGAAAAAACACUGGAAAAAUUGUAGUUGAAUUACCUCGCUCUGUCAACAGUAAGCUCUAAAAACAGAACAAUGACAUAAAUCCAAGGAGAAAGAAAAUGGGCACUUUACUCUUCAGAAUUACUCAAAUCAAGUUAUUUGUAGAUGGCUAAUGGGUAUGAUAUUUCUUAAACAAAAGUCAGGAGUUAAUGAAUAAGUUUCUCUUUAUUUCUUUUCUCUCUCUCUUUCUCUCUCUCGCUCUCUUUUUUUUUUUUUUUUUUUUUUGCCCCUCCCUUGAAAAAAAUGCUAAUAAAAACUUCUCUUGAUGGCUCAGAGGUAAAACCGUUAUAUUCAGUUCUUUGGUCCUGCACCGUCUCAUUCCAGAUUUUAUUGUUCCAGAGAAUUAAAUUAAUUCCUGAUGCAAGAUCCGAUCAAAUCAGUAUGUCUUCAGCUUGAUGAGAUUUUAAAAUCAGUCUUAAAAAUAGUCCACAAAUUCUUUACUUUGGGAAAGUUUGGUCUUAGGCUAAUGAGCAGUUAAUAAAUGAGAGAACAGAAAGGCUGCCAUAUAUUUUCAGAGUCCAUAUUCCCAGGAAAUGGCCCUCCCUGCCUUUUCUACAAAUUACCAACUAUCUAAAUAAUAAUUGAGAGGAAUUCUCCCAAAACCUUGAUUUUGUUAGGUCAUUAGAAAAAUGACUAUUUGAACACAGACCUAUUUUUUUUUUAAGUGUCUAUUAUUUAAUGCUUUAUGCCCGAUUAUCCCAGUGAGGCCUGUGUGGAACCCAAAGUUUGUCUCUGCCCUUAAGAAGCAAAUUAGUGUUGAAAACCAAUAAGACAAAAGCAGGCUUUAGGAAGGGGUACUACAGAGAUGGGGGGUGCUUUAAAAACUUCGGACCUGCCCCGGGAAGGGAGCGGUUGUGCUGCAUCCACAUCCAGGGGGAGGGUCUGCCUAACAAAGGGGCAGCGGUCUUUAGGCAUACAGCCAGACAUUAAUAACAGCAGCCCUCCUCUGCCUGAAGCAGGCUCUAGCAGACAGCCCUGUGCAGAGGAGGGCCUGACGCAAUGUAAAAUAACAAGACAUUCGCUUCAUGUUUCAGACUUUCGGACACAGUGUGUUUUCUCUCUGCUCUUGGAAACAGACUAGUGCAUGUGGCACAGAA